CUCGAACACUUCCCCGCAAAAGGUCUUCCGGUGACCCGUGUGGUCCUAACGCCCUCAUGGAUUCUUCACAAUCUCAAGGCGGGUUUCGAUCACGCCGUUCAUAUCCCGCCUUACACCAUGUAUCUCUAUCUCCACUAAACCCUCGAUUCCCCAUCGACGACGACGAUACCGAUGCCCCAGACUAUUUCUCUCCUCGCCACGAAAACCCCGGCACCCCCAGCGCAACCAGGACCUCGUAUCUCUCUAGUUUCUCCGUCCCCGGAACCCCAGGCGUCCUAUCCCACUCUCAUUCCCGUAGCGGGUCCCGCGUUCGUCGCCAUUCCCGAAGCAAGAGCUCCACUCGCAUCCAUUCCAGCGACACCAAUCUACAGUCCCGGAGCGUGGCCAGUCCACUCCAUCACCAGCAGAAUGAAGAGCUCCGUCGGAGCAGAACACGCUCCUCCCGGCGUCACCCCGAUGCCGCCGCCCACCAUCACAACCCAGACACAGAAUGGAUGCUCCGCGCAGGCAUUGCCCUCGCAUCCUCGACCCGCGAAGAAAAGGGUCAAAGCUGGCUCGUGAAACGCCAAAGCUCAACUAGCCUCGUCUCAGACAGCCAUCAAAUCGACCUAGACAGCCAACAGCAACAACAGCCAUGGGCCUCACGGAGCAGCGCCCGUCGUUCUCAAUCCGGCAUAUCCACACCUGCCGCCUACUCUCGUCGAGCCUCUCGCUCAGGCCCAACAAGCCGCAGAUCCAGCAGACCCGACCUGGCCAUGACCAGCCUUGACAUUACCCGGUUUUCCAGCAGACAAGAAAACCCCACUACCACCAGCAGCAGUGGCAUUCACACCCCCAUCGAAGAACAAUCCCGUCACAUGCUCCCCGACUUCGUGGACGAGCGCAUCCGCGCCGAGAUGGCAAACAUAGCCGACGAAGAAGGAGCUGAAGAAGAAGACAACCUCAGCUUCACAACCACAUCGGGCUCCCUCAUCGCCUCCGAAGACGAAAUCGAUGAACAAGAAUUCCAGCGUCUCACCCGCGAACGAGGUUUCGGACUAGGCAGCUGGAUCGACCGAAUGGUAGAAUGGACCUUAUUCGGUGUCGACGACUGGCCACUCUCCACAACGACAGCAACCACCGCUCCACCGGCAGUAAUAUCAGGAGGAGCCAUCAAUCACGACCCUCAAUCUCUCAUGCACGACAGCAUCCAUUCCCAAGAAACAGACAAUAUAUCAAUAGCUACAGAGUCAGACAUCGCUUCCAUAAGCGAAGAGAAACCCGGAGCUCGCGGCGGGUGGGAAGAUGCCGGGUGGUUGUUCAGGAUUGUGAAACGGGCAUUGUCAUGAACGGGAAAAAAAGGAACACGAAACAUAACAGGACUCAUUUCAAUACCUUUACUUGCAUAUUUAUUGUAUAUCUGAUCCAACCAUGGAUGGAUCCCCUCUCUUCUCUAGGAGAACACAAUCGCCACUAGUAAUAGCAAGGUAUAUAUCUAUACAUAUAGGGCAACCAAUAACAUC